CAUUCCUAAGAUUAAUGAAUAAAAAUUAUUGAUAUUACGUAGAGUUUCGUUGUAUCAAUAAUAGUGUUCGUUAUAUGAAUAACUGUAUUUAUUGAUUUUAUGAACACGGUUUUUAUUAAGAAGAAAACAUUUAUGAUUGACAUUCAUGUUAAAUACAAUUGUUCGUUAAUAUUACAACUGUGUUAAUUUAUAUUACGAACCUUUUUGUAAUAGUUAAGAAGACUUUUUAUCAAUAUUAUAUCGAUUACAUAAUUUUUUUAUAUUAAUAAAGAGUUCAUUGAUACAACAAUUUCAAUUGUCAUUUGGAAAAUACGCUUGUCAUUUAUACAAAAUUAACUUAACGGUGUAUCAAAGCAUCAGCUAGCAUUACAUUUGACCUGUUACUUGUUUAAAUACACAACUGUGCAGUGUUAAAAAAUAAAGAACAAAUUCAAAUUUUUAGGAGAACUUACUUAGAAAACAAGAUGCAAUGAUUGUGGCCAAGGUUUUACUCUAUUAACAAGAUUUAGGAGACAUGUCAUGAGACAUCAUCAAAAUAAUCCAAGUAGUUCUCUUAGUAGCAGUAAUAUUGUUUUAGAUUCAACACAACAGCAUUUGCUAUCCUAUUAAUUUUAUUAUUUAUUUAUUCUUCUACGUCUUCAGAUUCUUCAAAUGUAUCAGUUAGAACAACAAAUUUUGGAAAGAUUCCCAUCUGAGAAACUGGAGUAUUAUAGAACUUCUAAACGGGGUAGAAUCUAUAAUAAGUAUUACAAUUUAGCAACGUUAUUUAAAGUUGUAUCUGGACCUCUUGGAACGGUAGACAAGAAAUCACCUGUCAAUUCUGAAAAGUUUAGUAUACAUUCAAAAUGCUCAGAACCAGAGGUAGAUUCAGAGAACUAUAUAAAAAUAUUAAAAUAUGACAAUUUAAGUAAUGAAGAAUUUGACCGAACAUGGCAGGCAUGUUUUAAUUCACGCCUUGAUUUUAUAAAAAAGUAUACAACAAAAGACAUCUUUGAUAAAUGGCCAGCAUAUAAAACAGCAAAUGGUUACCGUUUAAUUGACAUGGACUUUGAAGCUGCUUUUGAAAAAAAAGGCGACCUUUUAGAAAAUUGGGAAAAAAAUAUUAGUAAAUUGUUGUUAUUCCUUUCUUUUAAUUCUAACGUUAAAGACAAAAAUGUAACAAAACUUAUUGAAAUUAUCAGAAUGAACAAUCAAAUAUCUGAAAACGGAAGAGAUGCUGCUAUUAUUUGGGCACUGCAUGGGUAUUUUGUACCAACAAAUAAACUUGUUAAAAUUGACCCAAAAACAAAGCAGAAAACAACUAUAAAAUUCACUAUUCGAGAUUCACAAGAAUCCGUUAUUUUUAUUGGAUCUACAAUUCAAAUAGUCUNAACAACUAUAAAAUUCACUAUUCGAGAUUCACAAGAAUCCGUUAUUUUUGUUGGAUCUACAAUUCAAAUGGUCGAAGACCAUAUUGAAAACUUGAAAAAAUCAAAAAAAUCAAUCCAGCCCACUAUAUUUUGUAUUGGAGAAAAUAUAACAUCAAUUAAUGAGAUUUUCCUAUAUUUGGAUGGCGUUAGAUAUAUUUUUAAAAAUAAGCUAAGUUUUCCUAAAGUACAUGUAUUGGAACAAUACUUAAAUAAUUAA